AUGUCGUCCAUUGUCGCCCACAGACUGCUCAUGCGCAGUGCCUUGCACGCAAAACCUUUCGGAAUCUCAUCUAGGCGCGUAUUUAGCCGAUCCGCGAUGCACAACCUUGCCGUCGUAAACGCACGCGGGUUCGCCAUCUCUGCGCGUCUUGCGUCACCCGCAGCGAAGCCAAAGUCCAAAACAACAGCUGCAAAGCCUAAGACGGUGAAAAAGAGUGAGUACGACGACAAAGGCGAAGAAGACGACGAGGAAGAAGGCUGCUCCAAGCGCAAGACUGCUACAACUGCUGCAAAGAAGAAGGCGGCACCAAAGAAGAAAAAGGCGGCUCCCAAGAAGGAGGAGAAAGCUCCAACGCCACGUACCGAUCCUUCACUUCGUCCCCCUCCGCGCCGUGUCUCUGCCUUGACCAUGUUCGUCAAGCGCAUGUAUCCGACUCUCCAGCCCAAGCCUGAGAGCGCUACAGCGGGGUUGAUUCAACUUACUUCAAUGUGGAGUGGAAUGACAGAUGCGGAGAAGAAGCCUUUCGAGGAGGAAGCCGCUACGGAGCGAGUCAAGCGUGCCCAAAUUUACGAAAAGUGGCGUGCGGAUCUUACACAGGGAGAGGUCAGAACCAUCAACGAGUAUCUCACAAAGAGGGGUGCCCAUAAAAAGCUCGGAGCUGUGACCGAUCCUACGAAGAAGAGGGCCCCUACCGGAUUCGUCAAGUUUUACGCCGAGUCAAUGAAGAAUGGGACGAUCGAUGUUUCAAAGGCACCCGCAGGCCAGAGACCAGCCACAUAUGGGGCAGUAGAAGCUGCAAAGCUCUGGAAGAGCAUGACCGAGGCCCAAAAGGCGGUUUACAAGGCUUAA